CCAGCUUCGUGGCCAGAUCCCGCGUCAAGGGACGCCCCAACAUACCGCGACGCCGCCACCUCGCAUGCAUCCUCACUCACAGUCGCCGCGAUUCCAUCAGCAACAGCAGCAGCAUCAGAUCCACCUGAUCCACCUGCAGCAGCAGCAGCAACAGCAACGACAGCUCCUCGAGCUACAGGAGCAGCGUGAACGUCAACAGCAGCAGCAGCUCCUACAGCUUCAGGAGCAGCUUCGGCUGGAAGAGCUGGAGCGCCAGCGCCAGAUCCGCUUACAGCAGCAACAGCAACAGCAACAGCAGCAGCAGCAGUUACAAACUGCGUCGCCGUCUGCGGGCCAUUUGCACGGACAGCUCUUGCAUCACCAGCGUCAUGUAUCUGGCGGGCUUAGUCCUGCGCUGUCUGACCGCACAUCGCGACAUCUCGGCCGACAAUCGCCUGCCGCAGAUGCGCCCUUUGGACAGAACAUGACGUAUCUCCCACAGGACAUCCAGAUGCAGCAGCGCCUAUUGGCUGAGAUGGCGCAGGCGGAGUUCAUAAACAGUAUGCAAACUGGGACGCCGCAAGCAGAGCGUGAUGCACGGGAGGAACGCGAGAUGCAAGAGAUUUUGCGCGCCGAAGCGAUGAAAAAGAUUAUGGAGGCUGAGCGAAUGGAGGAAAAGAGACGCAGGAAACACGCCAAGAUAGCACAUAUGUCGCGGUACAACGACUUAAUGACGCAGUCCGAUAAAGACUUUAUCACGCGCAUUCAGGUGUCACAGCUUGUCACUCCAGACCCGUAUGCGGACGACUUCUACGCUCAAGUGUACGGUGCGAUACUUCGCUCUCGCCUGGGUGUACAGACGCAGGACGAUCGCGUGCUGAAGUUCGGCUCUGGUGGGGGCGUCGGGCUGGGCCUUGGUCAGAAAGGCCCUGGUCGCCGCCAAAGUGCAAUGCAGCGCAUGGAGGCGCAGGUCGAGCGGAUCGUGAACAAUGCUCGCAUGAGGGAGAAGGAGAAGAUCUCACUCAACAACCUUCAAGGCGCGCUGGGUAAGACUUCCGGGCGGAGCUACAAAGCCGCCCCAAGGCAGCUUCUCCAGGUGGAUUCAGGGUCAUCGCCCACGCCCUCUCCAGUCCCUGCCCAUGGUCAUAUAUCUAAAGCAGACGCCAUUCACCAUGAGGCCACGGGGGCGGCGAAGGAAGCUGCAAAGAUUGGUCGCGAGACACUCGGCAGCGCCGCACACACACAUGAGCAUGACCGCCAGGACCCGCUUACUCACCGCGAGAGCCUCGUUAUUUUGGAGCGCCUGUAUGAUCUCGUACUCGACCUAGAACAGAUGCGACGGGAUCAACCACCUCCGGAGGAAGAGGAAGAUUUUCUCGCAUGGGAAGUCGAGUACGAAGCUCACGUCCAACGACUAUGGUUGGGUCUACGCGUGACAGCGCCAUUGGAGACGAGUGUCCCUCAUCCAUUCAUUUCCCUGCUCAUGCCUAUCAAAGGCAAGAGGCUACUCCCGCGAGCUGCACGCUACCUGGACGACCACCAAACGCUUGUUACACUCACUCUUCUCGUCGCGUGUUUCUCUCAAGCGGACGUGAUUGUGAAAGCACAUGUGCUUGAUACUCUCAAGGAGUCCGAAGAGUAUCACGAAGUGGAUGCACAGACGCAGGCAUUCAUGCAGAGCAUCAUUCAGAGCAUCCUCCCUGUGGUUGCCAAAGCUGAGCUACGGAUAGUUAGCGGUCUGCUCGGUUUGUUGUUCGAGAGGAACCACGUUGCAGGAGUGGCUUGCACAAAACCCGGACUUGCCUUGCUGACUCUCUUCAUCAGUCGGGUCGAGGUCAUCAAACAAAAUAUGGCGACAGCUACGGAAGUAUCCGAGCUGCCUCCGCCAGAGGAUACCGAUCAAUGGCAAUCAGUGUUCGACAAUUUGUUCAACUUCCUUGCGCACGACUUCCUGCAUCUUUUCCCUUCGGUCCGUAUCAGCAGGACGCUGGGCAUUCCUCACUCUAAUGUCCCUAAUGCGGAUGUCAUCGACCACCCCGUGUGGCAAUAUCUGGCCACCAUGGCACUCCACGCCUCAGCAGAGCAGCAGCAGAUUUUGGUGACUAGUCUGCGCGAGCUCGUCUUGGAAAAUGUCACAAGCGUGAACAAGGGGUGGGUCGCUGACGAAGAAGAGAGGAGGUCGCGCCUGGCGAACGUCAAUAUCUUUUUGCACGCACUUGGCCUGGAUAGCUCACAAAUCGCUGUGUAAUUGUAGAGGGGCACGCGUCCGGACACCUGUGCUUUCGACUAAUGCUAUGAAGUAGAGCUACGU